ACCCUGCUGUUGCCCUGUCACCUUUCAGGUGCCAUUCUCUGCUCCAGCUUGGGGUCCCAGGCCCCUUUUCCCCCCUCCUCACCCUUGCCCCGGCCGGUUCCAAGCCCCUGGGUCCUGGACAUCACCACACCGCCUAGCCGCUUUGAGCCAGCCUCUCCCCUAAUUCCCCCAGGCCCAGAGGGGCGUUGGCUGUUCUCCACCUGCAGGGCCAACAGCUGACGCGGGCCCACACAGUGUGGCCGGGACUACACCGGCAGCAGUGUGGUGGUGAGUGGGGCCGCUGGGCCUCUGAAAGGCGUGCAGUUGUGGUGGGCACCAGGCGCCGGCCAGCCUCUGAUCUCAGCCUAUGGAGCCGCGGGCGGCAAAGGUGCCAAGAACCACCUGUCACCGGCGCAUGGAGUCUUCCUCUCCGCCGUUUUCCCCCUUGGUCACGGGGAGCUGCCUUACAUCCUCGUAGGGCAGCAGGAAGAGGACGCCUGUCCGAGAGUAAGCGGAACCACCAGCUCGUUCUGUCUCGGAGAGUCUCCGGCCGCUGAGGAGCACGCGGCGACGGAGGGGAUGGGAGGGGUUCCGGGGUCGCGGAGCUGGGCAGGAGUCGGAGCGGAUGGGGGUGCAACCGCCGUCUUUCGGCUGCGCGCACGCGAGCUGGAGCCGCUGCUGGUGGUGGCCGGAGGAGGUGGUCGGGCGUACCUGAGGCGGGAGGACCGAGGCCGGACUCAGGCCACCCCCGAAAAACUGCAGAACCGCUCGGCGGCUCCGGGAAUCGCGAGAGGCGGGGCGGCGGGGGGCGAUGCCUCAGAGGCUGACAUCCUCUGGGCUGAUGGGGAAGAUGGGGUAUCCUUCAUGCACCCCAACAGAGAGCUCUACCUGCAGCCUCUGCCAGUCAUGGAGAGCCAUGGAGAGGUGGAGAUUCGAUUAUACGUCAAUCGAGGUCAUUGCCUUUUGAAAAUCUGCCAAUGGCAGGCAGAGCUCCAGUUGGCCAGAUGCACGUGCCCAGAGGGCAUGGAGCUGGCUGCAGAUAACAUCACCUGCAUGGGUAUGUCCUGCCUGUGUCCGAGGUCUGGACUCCUGGGGCCAUGGGCUGGGGUGGGGGCAGUAGGGCACGGGAAGGAUGCCUGCUGUGUGCCAGGGGUUCUCAGGAGGGAGAGGCUGCAUUCAUUUAGGAUAAGUGGGGAAAGCAUCAUGGAAAAGCUAACAAUUGAACUGAGUCUUGAGGCAUGUGUAAAACUUGGGGUAGAGGGACGGAGAGGCGUUUCCCACUGGAGAUGUGUCUUUCUCUCUAGACCUGCCCACCUCUCAGACCCUUUGAUUCUGAUGGUGGCUGUGAUGUUGAUCUUGACACUGAGACUCCCUAUGGUGUGUGGGGUCCAGAUUCUGGUGAACCAUAAGAAGUGGCAGGGCCUGUGGUGGAUGAGGCUGCCAGGCCCUGAGCUCCAGCUGAGCAAGCUUACCUCCACCAUCAGGACAACCCCCAACCCCUACUACUUCCAGGUGGGGCUUGGCCCAGCCCAGUCCUGGCCUCUGCCCCCAGGGCUUACGGAGGUUUCCCCUUCCAACCUGUCUUCCUGCAGAGCCCUGGGCCGUGGUGCCUUUGGAGAGGUCUAUGCGGGACUGGUGAUUGGCCUUCCUGGGGACCCCAGCCCCCUGCAGGUGACUAUCAAGACUCUGCCCGAACUCUGCUCUCAACAGGACCAGCUGGAUUUCCUCAUGGAGACACUAUCAUCAGGCACACCUGGGGCCAGGGGCAGGCGUGGAAGGACACUGCGCUGCGUGGGGCUCAGCAUGCAGGCUGCCCCUGGCCCAGUUCUGCUGGAGUUGAUGUCUGGAGGGGACAUGAAGAGUUUCCUGAGGCAUAGGUGGCCACACCAGGGCCAGCCAUCACCUUUGGCCAUGCAAGACCUUCUCCAGCUGGCUUGGGACAUAGCCCAGGGUUGCCACUACCUGGAGGAAAAUCACUUCAUCCACAGGGACAUUGCUGCCAGGAACUGCCUGCCGAGCUGCACCAGACCCAGCCAAAUGGCCAAGACUGGGGACUUGGGGAUGGCAAGCACUAUCUACAGGGCCAGUUUAAGCAAGGGGAGCCAGGCUCUGCUGCCUGUCAAGUAGAUGCCCCCAGAGGCCUUCCUGGAGGGCAUCUUCACAUCCAAGACAGAUUCCUGGUCUUUUGGAGUGCUGCUCUGGGAGAUCACUGUGCCCUACUCUUGGCACACCGAUCAGGAGGUGCUGGGCUUCGUCAUCUGAGGGGGAUCGAUGGACCCUCUCAGGGGCUCUCCAAGGCCUGUGUACCAUCUCAUGACCCAGUGCUGGCAGCAUGAGCUUGAACUUCACCCUAGUUUUGCCAGCAUCUUGGGUCUUCAGUACCGCACUCAGAACCCUGAUGUGCUGAAUUCACCCCUUCCAGUGGAACUGGGACCCAUCCUGGAGGAGGAGGGGCUGGGGAGCCUAUCUUUGGGGGACCUAGGAUGUCCACAGACCCAAGAACCAAGUUUGGGGAGCUUGAAGAGCUGGGGAGGGAACCUCCUUGGCCCCUGCCUCAAGCCCUCCAAAUCCAGGGGUCUCCAACCUCAGAACCUUUGGAAUCCCACCUAUGGUUCCUGGGUCCCAAAGGGCCCUGAGGGUGAGGACUCUGGCACUGAGGGUAGCAGUUCCUCCCUGUACUCCUCCCCAGGCUUCUAGGUGGCUUAUGUUCCAAGUAGCCUCUGUCCGCCACAGUCUGUGCUGUAUGUCUGGGCCUGUAUAUCUGCUGCCCUGGCACCAUGGACCCUCCAUCCUGGAAACCAGUCUCAGGCCCCCUGGGCAAGAGUCUGGCCACUCCCAGCCUUUGAUAUUUGGGACCAGAGGAUACUCCCCCAACUCCCAGGUAUAGGUGGGGAAUUGAAAUUGGCUCCUGCAGGAAGUCUUCUCUAGAUUGCCUUUACCCCACUAGCGUCCUCCAUCUGGGCAGCCCCCAACACUACAGAUACCUCUAAUAAAGAGCUCUUCUCAUAUCCUCCAGUGAUCUGAGUGGAUGUGAGGGAUGCCAGGGAACUGAGAAAGAAGGGACCAGAGGAGGGAGGGGAUGAGGCCUGAGUCAAAG